AAACAUAUAAUACUACUUAUAAAAGGAAGCUUCAACAUGACUGUAAGAAGCUCACAACAGCUUUCUUUGUUUCUCCCUCCAAACAAUAUGGAGAAAACAACACUGUUUUUAUUGUGCCUCCUUGUCCUUAAUUUCUUCAAUUUCUGUUCAUCAAUCACUAAUCAAGACAGCAACUCAUUACAGACUUAUAUUGUUGUCUUAGAGAAAUCUGAAGAAACAGAGUUCACACAGUUUGCUAAUUUAGAAGACUGGUAUCAAACAUUUCUACCAGAUUCCAAAUUGAACUCGGACAAACCACGCUUGCUUCACUCUUACCGCCAUGUGAUGGCUGGCUUUGCUGCAAAACUUACGGCAGACGAAGCAAAAGCGAUGGAGAAAAGUGAAAAUUUUGUGUUUGCUCGCCCCGAAAGGAUGGUACCUCUGCAUACGACUCAUACGCCUAGCUUCUUGGGUCUGCAGCAAAAUUCUGGAUUCUGGAAAUAUUCGAAUUACGGCAAGGGAGUGAUAAUCGGAAUGAUUGAUAGCGGAAUAACUCCCGAUCAUCCCUCAUUUAGCGGUAAGGGCAUGCCUAGUCCUCCGGCAAAAUGGAAAGGAAAAUGCGAACUGAAUGAGACAUCACCAUGCAAUAAUAAGCUCAUCGGUGCAAGAAAUUUUGCUACUAAUAGUAAUGACAUGUUGGACCAAGUCCGCCAUGGAACACACACGGCUAGCACAGCAGCAGGAAGUCCCGUCGAAGGUGCCAAUUACUUUGGCCAAUUCAACGGCACUGCGAUUGGUGUGGCGCCCUUAGCCCACUUGGCAAUGUACAAAGUUUCCGGCAGAGCAAAAAAAGCAGGGGAGAGUGAGAUACUGGCUGCGAUGGAUGCUGCCAUUGACGACGGUGUUGACAUUCUUUCGCUUUCACUCGGAACUGGCUCUCACCCUUUCUACGAUGAUGUAAUAGCAUUAGGUGCAUAUGCAGCUAUUCAGAAGGGUAUUUUUGUCAGCUGCUCGGCAGGAAAUAUGGGGCCUAAUAAUAGCUCCUUAUCAAAUGAAGCUCCAUGGAUUCUGACGGUAGGAGCAAGUACUGUCGACAGAGCUGUAAGAGCAACAGUUCUACUAGGAAACAAAACAGAGUUAUUAGACGGUGAAUCACUUACGCAGCCAAAAGAUUUUCCUUCAAAGUUGCUUCCGCUUGUUUAUGCAGGCGCAAAUGGAAAUGCAUCGGCUAAAUUCUGCUCACCAGGAUCAUUAAAAAAUGUUGAUGUUAAAGGCAAGAUAGUUUUAUGUGAGGGCGGAUUUUCCGAUGGCCAAGAAGUGAAAGACAACGGGGGAGCUGCCAUGAUUUUAAUGAACGAUGAGAUUGAUGGGUUUCAAAUAGAUCCAGAUGUUUAUAAUCUUCCUGCAUCAUUAGUAAGUUACAGUUCAGGAUCCGCAAUUAAAACAUAUAUAAACUCGACAUCAUCACCGGAGGCGACAAUUUUGUUUGAAGGUACAGUAUUUGGCUUGCCAGAUGCUCCUCAAGUUGCAGAAUUUUCAUCGAGAGGUCCUAGCGUUGCGAGCCCUGGAAUCCUGAAACCUGACAUAAUCGGUCCCGGUGUCAGAAUUUUAGCCGCCUGGCCAGUUUCAGAAGAUAAUACCACAAACAGGUUUAAUACAGAAUCAGGCACUUCAAUGUCUUGUCCACAUCUUAGUGGCAUUGCUGCUCUGCUCAAAAGUGCCCAUCCUGACUGGUCACCAGCUGCCAUAAAAUCUUCCAUUAUGACCACUGCAGAUUUAAAAAACCUAGGAGGCAAGGCUAUUUACGAUCAACAAUUCGUUUCAGCUACUGUCUUCGAUAUGGGUUCCGGCCAUGUGAAUCCGUCAAAAGCAAAUGAUCCGGGGCUUAUUUACGAUAUCCAACCCGAUGAUUACAUUCCUUACUUAUGUGGUCUUGGAUAUUCCGACAAACACAUACGAGUCAUUGUAAACCGCAGAGUGAAGUGCUCAAAUGUUGUAAGCAUACCUGAAGCUCAGCUGAAUUACCCUUCAUUUUCCAUCAAAUUGGGGUCUAGUCCUCAGACAUACACAAGAACUGUCACAAAUAUCGGCCGGCCACAUUCAAAUUACAAUCUAGAGAUUGUCGAGCCUGAAGAUGUCGAUGUUAAGGUCAUCCCUCGCACGAUUAGUUUUAGCGGAGUAAAACAGAAUGCUACAUACUCCAUAACAUUUAGCAGAAAAGGGAAUGCUAAUCUACAUUUUGCUCAAGGAUACCUGAAAUGGGUGGCUGAUGGGUAUAUUGUUGGAAGUCCAAUUGCUGUUUUAUUUGAAUAAGCAGUGCAUAAGUAAUUGUAUAAUUGUAAUGCUGAAAAGAGUGAUUUACUUGUAAUCAACAAAAUAUAAUAGUAAACAUACCCAAGAUAAGCUGUUUCUGCAUUUAA